CAACAGCAAGCCUGCUCGGUCGCCGACUCGUGCCACUUCACAUUUGUGUCCACGUCACCGCAGACGACCGUGGUGCACUCGGCACGGCCAGCGUAAUAUAUUAAUUUCAACAUUUUGUACCAUUACGUUUCAUUCGUAAACCUUGAUAACGUAGGUGAAGUAAAGCAAAGUAAACGCUUCCAACGGGCACGUGGAGUGACGCUGCGCGCCGGUGCAAGGCAUCUAUAGUCUCGUUUGCAACGCUCAAGCCCACGUACACGCACUCUUCGGUUAUUUUCGGUUACGUUCGCUUGAGCUAACGCGUACACCGAUCGAGUCGGCUAUCGUUCUCAUUCACUCGCUACGUAUAGUUCCAUCACAUUACCAACUAGAAACCAACCAUCACGUCACUUUAGUGUCAGUGCAGUGUACAAAGUGUCGUGAGGCGAGCUGUCGCCGGAUGUGCCGGUUGUAAAGUCCUCUGGAAAAAUAAAGUCUGACAAGUGACCUUGAUUCUAAGUGACUAGAUAUUACUCUGUAAUAUAACGAUACGAAACAUAACCUAAAAAAUGUCAGACAGCGCACAGGACGUUCUUAAGGAUGCGGUAACCGGCGCCGCUGCUGCUGCUGCCGAUGCCGCUGAUGGAUCGCUAUUUAGUACCUUUGAUAUAAUUGUGCUCGUUAUCUUAUUGGGCGGUACCAUUUGGUGGCUAUACAACUCCAAAAAGGAAAACAAGAAAGAUGAAAUUCUGCUGAGUAAAUAUUCCAUCCAGGCUGCGGGAUCCAUACAAGUUACAGAGAAUUCUUUCAUAAACAAAUUAAAGUCAUCAGGAAGAAGUUUAGUUGUUUUCUAUGGAUCUCAAACGGGUACUGGUGAGGAGUUUGCUGGUCGUCUUGCCAAGGAGGGCAUACGAUACAAGAUGAAGGGCAUGGUUGCGGAUCCUGAAGAAUGUGAUAUGGAAGAACUUAUGAAACUCCAAGAAAUACCGAAUUCAUUAGCUGUGUUCUGUAUGGCAACAUAUGGUGAAGGAGAUCCCACAGACAACUCUAUGGAGUUUUAUGAAUGGAUAAAGAACGGAGAACCCGACCUAAGUGGUUUGAAUUAUGCUGUGUUUGGCCUUGGCAACAAAACAUAUGAACAUUACAAUGCAGUUGCUAUAUAUCUAGACAGACGUCUUGAAGAACUUGGCGCUACAAGAGUCUUUGAACUUGGUCUCGGGGAUGAUGAUGCUAACAUUGAAGAUGACUUUAUAACAUGGAAGGAAAAGUUCUGGCCAGCAGUAUGUGAAAAAUUCAAUAUUGAGAGCACAGGAGAGGAAGAGUUGAUUCGUCAGUUCCGUCUUGUAACUCAUGGACCUGACGACAUACAGCCCAACAACAUAUUUACUGGUGAAAUUGCCAGAUUACACUCUUUACAAGUGCAGAGGCCACCGUAUGAUGCCAAGAAUCCAUUCCUUGCUCAAAUUACAGUCAAUAGAGAAUUACAUAAGGGUGGAGAUAGGUCAUGUAUCCAUGUUGAGUUGGAUAUUUCAGACUCCAAAAUGCGCUAUGAAGCUGGUGAUCAUGUGGCUGUGUACCCAAUAAACGACUCUAACCUUGUAGAACGCCUAGGACAAUUAACUGGGGCUAACCUUGAUGAGAUAUUCUCUCUCAUCAACACUGAUCAGGAAAGCAGCAAAAAACAUCCUUUCCCUUGCCCUACUUCAUACCGUACUGCACUUUCACACUAUGUUGAGAUUACAGCAUUGCCCCGUACUCACAUAUUAAGAGAAUUGGUUGAGUACUGUGCAGAUGAAGAAGAUAAGAAGAAAUUGAUGCUCAUGGCAACAAAUUCGCAAGAAGGCAAGGCCAUGUAUCAAUCAUUUGUUGUAGAGGCUUGCAGAAAUAUUGUACACAUCCUGGAAGAUGUGCCCUCAUGUAAACCUCCACUGGACCACUUGUGUGAACUGUUACCUCGCUUACAACCAAGAUACUACUCCAUCUCAUCCAGUCCUAAGAUGUAUCCAGAGACUGUGCAUAUAACUGCAGUAGUUGUUCAAUAUAAAACACCUACUGGUCGUAUCAACAAAGGUGUAACAACAACAUGGUUAGCAGAUAAUAAACCUGAACCUGGCAAGCCUCUUCCUCGUGUACCCGUAUUUAUCAGAAAGUCACAAUUCCGAUUACCGUUGCAAAGUCAAACCCCCAUUAUAAUGGUCGGCCCUGGUACAGGAUUAGCUCCUUUCCGUGGUUUCUUGCAAGAGCGUGCUUUUGCGCGUGCUAAUGGCAAGGAAGUUGGAGAAAACGUUCUGUACUUUGGAUGCAGACAUCGCGACCAGGAUUACAUUUAUCAGGAGGAACUUGAGAAAUAUGAGCAAAAUGGUGAUGUCAAAUUAAACCUUGCAUUCUCUCGUGAUCAAAAAGAAAAAGUGUAUGUGACACAUUUAUUAGAAAAAGAUAUGGAUCUCUUAUGGGAUGUCAUCGGUAACCGUAAUGGACAUUUCUACAUUUGCGGGGACGCUAAGAAUAUGGCUGUCGACGUAAGGAAUAUUGUCCUAAAGACUAUCCAACUAAAAGGUGGGCGCACAGAAGCGGAAGCUGCUCAAUUUAUCAAGAAGCUUGAGUCUAUGAAGAAAUAUUCCGCUGACGUAUGGAGUUAAGUUUUCAAACAUCCUCUUAUAGGCGAAUUUGUGAAUCCGUAGACAAUUUUUCAGUUUAAGUAAUGGUGAUUAUAAUAUGUAAUUAAUUAAUAUUUGUAUAAAUGGUCCAGCACAAUUAAUUACUAAUUACCAUACUGUAAGAACGGCAGCACAAGAUAACAAGAAUCCAAUUAUAACUUUUAUAUUUACAAUUUGCUAUUGUCUGUGUAAAUGUAAUUGAAUUAGAAACAAUAUACCUUCACAAAGUGCUCUAGCCAACUGUAAUUUAUUACUGACUUUGAAAUUUCUUUAAAUUGACGAAAUGUUUAUUUUAUGACGUCGUAUAUGAACUAAGGACAUCAUAUUUUUAUUAUAAAAUCAAUAAAUAGUACAAAUGUCUAUGUCGAUGUAUAUAUCAUUUGACAUUCACAUAGUUCAUUUACUUUAAGACAAUAUUUAAACUUCUAUAUAUAUUUUUUAAGAACAAAAUAAGUUAUUGUACAAUUUCAUAACUAAUAAGGACAUUUCUCCAUGUUGUGAAUGUUUGAAUUACAAAUAUUUAAGAUUAUUAUUAAAUAACUGUGACAGAAAUAUUGAUAGGUACUACUUAUACAUGUUAAUUAUGCACCUACCAAAAUUUCUCAUUUUAAUUGUUUCGGACAAAAUUUCUAUUAGAUUGUUAUAAAUUAAAAAAAAAUCCUAUGAGAAGACGCCUUUCGUUAACGAUACCAUUGUUUUUAUUUUAUUAUAGUUUAUGCACGGAAUACAUAAAUAUUCAUGACGUAGCAUAUUGUGAUGUGUAGAUUUCGACUAAGCUAAUGAAGAGUCUGAAUUCGUUGUUAAUACUGUACAGAUAGCAUAGGCAAAAUUGGAAUUGCACAAAGUGUUAUGUUCUGUGAGUGGCGGAUGAAAUAAUAAAUACAGUACCUACGUCGAAAGAUGAUAAAAUUUAUUUUUAAAAUGGUAAUGGUUCUUUUAAAAUAUCACUAAUUCUAACUGGUGUAAGUCGCAAUAUUUCAGUCCUUCCGUCCAUAAUUCCAUAUUAAAAUGCAAUAGAGGAAAAUAGAAGUUCAUUUGGCUAUGUUUUAUACAUAGCACUAACUUUUUUGUAUUCUGUACAUUCGCUAUAAUCGAAUUCUUUAGUACCUAAUAUUAGGCGUGAUUUGGGAAACCCUAUAAUUAUAUAAUAAAGUAAUGAUCGUUAGUAUUCCAAUUGCUGUAGAAAUGUGGAUGAAAUCCUUACUAUAUACAAAACAGGUUUAAUGUAUAUAGAUUGUGAACAACUUUAAGAGAAUAUAAAUAGGCAAUAUGAAUAGGAUAUGGAAAACAAAGUCACAAAAUGGAUUCAUAACGGGACGAUUUUCCUUUCUACUAUUCAAAUAAUAUAUUUUGCUAUUUAUUCUAUUACAGACGAAUUUGUCACUAAUGAAAGUAGGCUAGGUUAUUGCAAAAUAGAAUUCCAAGAUAUUGUAUUUAACGAAAAUUAUAUGUGUAUAUUAAAUGUUUUAUUAUCAGUUGUGUAUUUUCAAAUAAAUGUUGAAUUGUUGAAGUUUUAUAUAUUGUGGAAUGGGCAAUUAGAUAUAAGUAAAUUAAAUAGUUUUUAUAUUACACAUUGUCUUGUAAUAAAUACAAAUUUAUAAGAC